ACUGUUCAAACGCGAGACGACAACGAAACGACGUGCGUGAAAAAAAAACUUUUUUUUUAAAUACGGACGCAUCCUUAUUUCAAAUUCAGUGCGGUGUGGUGGUUAGCUGAGUGUGGACGUGUUUUUUUGAACUUUUUUUUUCAUAACCAUGAAGCCACUACUACGAACAGUGGUGGCGUUGUGCCUCCUUCUGGCCACUCAAGCGCAUGCAGACAAAGAAGCCAAAGAACUGCCCGAAAAGAGCGAACCCGUCGUCGAGGCAGAAGACUCCUCACCGCAAGUCAGAGGCGAACGGUGUACGACGUGCAAAGGGGGCGCUAACCUGAAAUUUAAAAGCCCCAAUGAGGUGCUAGCAGCUAUACAGGCGCUGCCUGGUGCUGAAGUGCACUCCCAGUCCUCAUUCGAAAGCUGCUCUUCUGACAAGGGCUGCGCGGGACUUAAAGUUAAGGAUGGCCGAGUCAUCGAAAGAUUCGGAAACGUCGACGCUUUCAAAGCCGCAGCCGCGUCUGAUGCAGACAACGAAUUCACUUUCCACGCAGCUGGAAGCUUAGGAAAUGUGUUCGAAGGCGGCAUCCCUAAGGACGGACCCUUCUGGUGGAUGAACCAGAACUCGCCGUUCAAGAACGGCGCCGCUGGCGAUGGUGCGAGCUUUGAGAAGUUCAGCCAAUCUAGCUCUUCGUUCACCAGCAGUGGUAACGCUGGAGGCGCUGGAGGUGCUGGUGGUGCCGGUGGCGCGGGUCUGGGCGCCGGUGUCAGUUUCGACCUGAACGCUAAUCCCUUCUUGAACGGAGAAUUCUCGAAGCUCGCCGGCUCCGCCGCCGGUUUCGGAGCGUCCGCACAAGGAGGUGCUAAGCCCGCUGGAUCUGGAUUCCAAUCGUCUUCCUUCGAGUCAUCCAGUUCAUCUUUCAGCAACAACGGAGGUGAAAUCGAUCUGAAGAGCAAUCCGUUCUUGAACGGCCAGUACAACAAGAACGCGGCCGGUUCCGGCUUCCAGGCUGGAUUCUCCGCUGGAUCCGCCGGACAGGGCGCCGGAGCGUUUGGUGCUGCCGGACAGGGCGCCGGUGCGUUUGGUGCUACUGGACAAGGUAGCCAAGGAGCUGGACAGUUUGGUGCUCAGGGCGGUCAAUUCGGAGCUCAAGGCAGUCAAAGCUCAUUCGGAUCAAGCUCAAGCAGCCAGAGUGCUUUUGGAUCUGGAUCUAGAGGAAGCGGAGCUGGAUUCGGUGCAAGUGGAGGUUUUGGCGCUGGGAGCGGACAAGGAGCGGCGGACAAGGCUUCGGCGCUAGCUCAGGAGAGCGGCUUCAGCGCUCAGGGUGGUUUCAACAGUGCUUCUAGUGGAAAUGCUGGACAAGGAGCCCAAGGAUUCGGCCAAGGCUUUAACGGAGGCAGUGGCCAGAGCGCAUUUAGCAGCCAAUCGAGCCAAUCCUCAUUCCAAAGCCAAGGCCAAGGUUUUGGCCAAAACCAGGGCAACCGUGGCUACACCGGAUCUUCCCCUAGCCCGUUCACCGCUUCCACCGCUGGACCUAACGUGAACCUGAUUCAGAAUACUCAGAAGACAAGUGAAUUUGAGUUUGACCAGCAACAGCAGACCCAGUCGAACAUCGACGAAGCUUUCCAGGGUACUGGAAAUGUGCAGAGCCACGCUCAUAGCGGCGGAGAGCUGCAGCAGACGUGUGCUGGACAAGGAUAUGUGUGCGUCCACAAGGCACAAUGUAACAACGGAGUGGUGAACACGAACGGUGCCAGCGUGCUCCAGGCGAAAACUAAGAAACAAUAUUGCAACACCAGAACUGAAAUUUGCUGCCGAAUUGAGAUCUCCACCCUCGCUGGAGCCAGCGAUCUCCAGGGCUCACUCGGAGUAGGAGCUGGCACCUACAGCGGCAGCGGCUCCUCCAAUGGCAACCGUCAAGGAGGACUCUUCGUCUCAUCCAGCCAAUCAGGAAGCAACGGCUUCGGCGCUGGAAGCAGCCAAUCAGGGCAAAGCGCUUUCGGUUCCGCUGCUGGAAGCAGCCAGUCAGGACAAAGCGCUUUCGGUGCCGGCCAAUCCGGACAGAGCGCUUUCGGUUCAAGCCAAUCAGGACAGAGCGCGUUCGGCUCUAGCCAAUCAGGACAGGCCUUCGGCAGCCGCGGCUCUGGAUCUUCAUUCAACGCUGGCGCUAGUGGUACCUUCGGACAGGCUGGAUUCGGAGCCGGUUCUUCAACCUUCAAUGCUAACCGCGGGUCAACUGCCUCAACCUUCGGACAAGGUAGCCAGGGCAGCCAAGGCUUUGGCGCUCAAGGGUCAGGUGCUUUCGGCUCAGGAUCUGUGAACAAGGCUGUUGAAUCCAGCUCUUCAACUUUCGAAUCAUCAUCAACCAGAGGAACUGGAUUUGGAAGCUCUGGAACCAAAUUCGGAGCCGGAUUUGGAUCUACUGUCGCUCCAAACACGGCUGGUCGCUUCGGAGGAAACGAAGUGGUUUACAAGCAAACUAGUCAAUCAAACUUUGUGGAAACUGACUCCUUCUCAUCAGGAAGCGAGAACACUGGCAUCUUCAGACCUGGAAGCGGUUUAAAACCUGGUAUUCCUUACCUGCCCCCUGAUAACACUAACCAGGGAACAAAUGUUGUUUCUUCGACUGCUUUCCCGACUCCUGCGUUCGUGACUACCCCUCGCCCCACCACCCCUAGGCCAUACAUACCGCCUACCCCCUCGACGUCCGCGCCUGGUUACCUGCCUCCCGUUGGCGAGCCUAGCUUCAACACUGAGACCAGACUGCCGGGACCGCCGAACUACAAUGAGGGACAGCUCAUCUUGGACACUUUGAGGCCUGGACCUACUAGAACUCCAGUACCUGCUCCUCCUAGUGAAGUGCCAUCAGGCUGUGCCGCGGCUCUGAAAUGUACCCCCAUUGAGUACUGCACAGCUGAAGGUGUCAUUUCCAACACCACUGUGGCCCUGACUAGGGAUCAGGAGGCUUACAGAGUCCCGCUUACUGACUGCAAGGACCUUGAAACCGGUCGCGUAGGAAAGUGCUGCCGUGAUCCCUUCUACACUGACCCGUGGCCCGUCAACCAACUUGGUAAAUGGGUGCCCAAUACCUUCGGUGGAAACGAUGGCAAAUACACCCCUGACAGCAGAGGUUCUCCCAGCAUUAAUCGCCCAGGUGUCACCGCUAGGCCUCCAAUCACUGGAUCCACCCUUUUGAACAACUUCAGGUCAACCACCAAGCCAACGCCCACCUUCGGGCCUAACCAAGUGACCCCCGGCUACCCCUCCGUCACUCAAACCUCGUACGUCAAGGGCGGCCAAAGUCAAUACGAGAUCCGCGGCCAAGGUCAGGGUAGUCAAGUCGGCCAAGGACAGGUUGGGUUCGGCGGUCAGGGACAGAUUGCUACUGGAGGUCAGGGAUCAGCUGGGCAAUUCAACUCCCAAUCACAGUUCUCCAGCAACUCAUUCACUCAAACCCAGCGCGGUCAAGGUCAAGCCGUGACCACCGGUCAAGGUCUAGGUGUACAGCAAGGCCAAGGUCAACUGGUCACGCAAGGCCAAGGUCAACUGGUCACACAAGGACAAGGACAACUGGUACAUCAAGGGCAAGGAGUGUACGCCCAGGGCGGUAGAGGGCAGGUCGGAUUCGGAUCGCAAGUGUCUGUACAGGAACAGCAGGCCGCUUUCAACUCAAGAGACCAAAGCAUCGCCCAAAGCCAACAAACGAACCGCGGCAACGCCAUCGUCUCCGGCCAAGGUCAAGCGGUCAGCCAAGGGUUUGGCCAAGGGGUCAGCCAAGGGUUUGGCCAAGGGGUCAGCCAAGGGUUUGGCCAAGGGGUCAGCCAAGGAUUCGGCCAAGGUGUUCGACAAGGCGCUGGCUUCUCAGUGAGCCAGGGAGGUGGAUUCAAUGUGGAGAAUGAUUACUCUGAGUCGGCUUCUAGAGUGUUCUUGAGCAGAUAUAGCGCGGGAGGACAGUGUGGAUUAUUCAAUGGUCAGAAACCUUAUGGAAAUCGCAACGAGAACGAAGUUGACUUCGCCGAGAUCCCCUGGCAGGCUAUGGUGCUCCUCCAGACGAACAAGAGCCUGUUGUGUGGUGGUGUCAUUACCGGGCCUGACGUUGUUGUCACCUCCGCUUCUUGCGUUGAUGGUCUCCAAGCCAAGAAUGUCCUCAUCAAGGGAGGGGAAUGGAAGCUUGGAAUAGAUGAGGAGCCCCUUCCCUUCCAGAUCGUCCAGGUUAAGAAUAUCCUGCGUCACCCCUACUACAAGCGAGGAAGCCUCCUGAACGACGCUGCCAUCCUGGUACUCUCAGAGAACCUGCGAUUCGCGAAGAACAUCUACCCGAUCUGCUUGCCUAGUGCUCAGGACACGCUGGAUGCGUUCUACAACGGUGCUGGAGAGUGCAUUGUCACUGGGUGGGGCAAGCAGGUGUUGCAAGCUCAUCUCCUGGGCUCCAUCAUGCACAGCAUCAACGUCUCCCUCAUCAACCCUGGAGAAUGCCAGGCCAAGAUCGCCCAGGACUAUCCCCACCUGCUGGAGCAAUACGACCAGGACAGCUGCGCCUGUGGACAACCUACCAACCCCAUUUCCAACAUCUGCAGGGUUGACACCGGAUCUGCCCUGGCUUGCACUACUGAUAACGUUCACUGGGUCUUCAGAGGCGUCUACUCUUGGGAAUCAGGCUGCCAACCAGGCAACCAGCUGGCCGGCUUCUACAAAUUCGACCUUGAGUGGUACGAGUGGGCCAUCGGACUACUCGAGAGCGCUCGCUUCGCUCAGUUUUCCAGCUCCAGUGGUUCCAGCUCAAGCCAGAGGUUCACUAGUGGAGUGAAGGGAGGCGCUGGAUCCGGUGCUGGUAUUAAAGGAGGAUUCGGCGGAAGCAUCGGCGGUUUCGGCGGUCAAGUCGGUUUCGGCACCGGCCAAUUCGGCCAAUUCUCGUCCAAGAUCACCCAAGCCUCCUCCAACGAAGGCAAAGGCGCCUACAGCGGCGAAGUCACUGGCCCCGUCAGCAAUAGCUUCAGCGCGACCUAUUCAGAGAAAAAAGUCUUCCAAUCCGAACCCAAAUUUAUUACCUACACUACCAAACCAGAGAUCGUCACCUUCACGACCAAACCAGAGUAUUUCACCUUCACAACCAAACCUAAGAUUGUCACUUACACGACUAAACCACAGAUUAUCACUUAUGAAACUUCUGGGAGCGGCACUAACCCCCAAUAUGUAGCGCCUGGAGUCACUUACAACCCGACUUUCUCGGAGCUUGUUGGUCAGCAUAAGCAUAAUGCUGCGUGCAAAUGCUUGGAUGGUAAGAAGUAAAGCGUAGUAUUGUCGAUUUCUAGAAAGUCUUGAUUAAAAAGCGAAGAAGGAUGAAUGUUUUGAGAAAAUAUUUCAUUCGCAAUGAUGCGGCUUUUCGAUUUUACAGUUUUAAAAGUUAUUAUAAUUAAUGCUGCCGAGCUCAAAAUAUCGAGUGUUUGAAAACUGUAAAGAAGAAUUUUUAGAAAUCUUUUAGGGCAUCUAUUACUAGAGAUAAAAUCAAUUUCAAAUAAGUUAUUUCCUAUAAUCAAAUUAGUUACCAUAAAUAUGGAAUCAGUAAUAGAUGCUCUGGUAGGAAGAUCUAUGGAUCUCCUAUUUUAUAACGGUCUAAAGUGCUAGAAAAAAAAAUCGCAACUUAUUGACAAAAAUAUUCAAUAUUUACAUAUAAAAAUUACUUAGAAGUCACUUCUAGCACUUUAGUUCAAAGUAACUCAAUGUUUUUUUUUAAUUCACUUUUAAAAUAUUUUAAAAUAAAAUAUGGUCGUGCCAUAACCAUCUUCAAGACAGUACAAAAUAUGAAAUCGGUCUUUUAAUUUUAUUGUAAUAAUAUUUGAUUUAUCUGUAAAUAGAUAGGUUAUAUUUAAUGCAAACUUAUCAUAUAGAGCUUAACCUGACUUUAACCUAUCCGACUUAGUUAAUACUGACAAAUAUUAUCCUACAUUUAUAUAAAUUCACGAAAAAAAUAUUCAAUCUCUUAUGUAUAUCAUCUUCGUCUGUCAAUGAAAAGAAAAUUGUAGUAAGUAUGUAUGGAAUGAAGACUUACUACGUUUUAACUUUGAGGAACAGCGUGAGAUACGAGAUUUUUUAAAAGUAGUGACGAAUGUUUUUGGGUGAAUCCACGUAAAAGUAACGCGAGUUACGACUUCAUGGCUUGUUUAUUUGAACUGCCGCUACAAAUGAAAGGAUAUGCCAUCGUGAAUAAAUGGAACAUGCCAUAAAAUCGUGACUCGUGUUACUCUUGCCGCGGAUUCACCCUUUAGUCAAAAAGUUGUUUAUGAUCUUUUAGUAUCUUUAAAAAAAUCGGAUAGAGUAAAAAGGGAACGUUGGCGCUUUUAUAAAAAUUUUUAAAUGCAUAAAAUGUGUUUUAUUUAAACUGCCACUUUAAAGCCGAAAAUUGCACAUUUAUUUCUAAGACAAAAUGAAAGGUUAGAUAUUUGACAUUUUUGGGAAUCCCAAAAAAGUCGAUUAUCUAAUCUGUUUCAUACAAAUUAUUAUAUUUUUUUAUAAUAAUUCGCAGUAAUUAUAAGUAUUUAGUCAAUAUACGUAUAUUAUUGAUGUAUACAUUUUCUAAUUGUUAUAAUUAGGAUUAAAUAAUUGAAAUAAAAUGGAGGUACUUUCAA